CCAACUCUCAUCAAACAAACUUCAACUUUAGCUUUUCAUUCAAAUCCCUUUCUUCUCCGCCAUGGAUCUCCUCCUCCUGGAGAAGACUCUUAUCGGCCUCUUCCUCGCCGUCGUUCUCGCCAUCGCCAUUUCCAAGUUUCGCGGCAAGCGUUUCAAGCUUCCGCCAGGUCCUUUACCGGUGCCGAUCUUCGGUAACUGGCUCCAAGUCGGCGAUGACUUGAACCACCGCAACCUCACAGAUCUCGCCAAGAAAUUCGGCGAUAUUUUCUUGCUUCGGAUGGGACAGAGGAACCUCGUCGUCGUUUCCUCGCCGGAAUUAGCCAAGGAAGUACUCCACACGCAGGGAGUCGAGUUCGGAUCUCGAACCAGAAACGUCGUCUUCGAUAUCUUCACCGGAAAAGGUCAGGAUAUGGUUUUCACUGUCUAUGGCGAACACUGGAGGAAAAUGAGACGAAUCAUGACGGUUCCGUUUUUCACUAACAAAGUAGUCCAGCAAUACCGUCAGGGAUGGGAGUACGAAGCUCAAAGUGUGGUGGAUGAUGUGAAGAAGAAUCCAGAAUCGGCGACGACUGGAGUCGUACUCCGACGGCGGUUACAGCUUAUGAUGUACAAUAACAUGUACAGGAUUAUGUUCGACAGAAGAUUCGAGAGUGAAGAUGAUCCUCUGUUUCACAAACUUAGGGCUCUGAACGGAGAGAGAAGCCGAUUGGCGCAAAGCUUCGAAUACAACUAUGGCGAUUUCAUCCCGAUCUUAAGGCCGUUUUUGAGAGGAUAUCUCAAAAUCUGCAAGGAAGUUAAGGAAACGAGGCUGAAACUAUUCAAGGAUUACUUCGUCGAGGAGAGGAAGAAACUGGCGAAUACGAAGAGCACGACGAACGAGGGAUUGAAAUGUGCGAUUGAUCAUAUAUUGGAUGCGCAACAGAAGGGAGAAAUUAACGAAGAUAAUGUGCUUUACAUUGUCGAGAAUAUCAAUGUGGCAGCAAUUGAAACAACAUUAUGGUCAAUUGAAUGGGGAAUUGCUGAGCUAGUGAACCACCAAGAAAUCCAAAGAAAGUUGAGGAAUGAGCUCGACACUGUCCUUGGACCUGGUGUUCCAAUCACCGAGCCGGACACUCACAAGCUCCCUUACCUCCAAGCCGUGGUCAAGGAAACUCUCCGUCUUCGUAUGGCCAUCCCUUUACUCGUACCCCACAUGAACCUCCACGAAGCCAAGCUCGGUGGCUACGACAUUCCGGCCGAGAGCAAGAUCCUAGUCAAUGCCUGGUGGCUAGCCAACAACCCAGCCAACUGGAAGAACCCAGAAGAGUUCCGCCCUGAGAGGUUCUUAGAGGAGGAAUCAAAGGUUGAAGCCAAUGGCAACGAUUUUCGAUACUUGCCUUUCGGGGUCGGGCGAAGGAGCUGCCCUGGAAUCAUCUUGGCUUUGCCUAUUCUUGGUAUUACAAUUGGGCGUUUGGUUCAAAACUUUGAGCUGCUUCCUCCCCCUGGACAGUCUAAGUUGGAUACUUCAGAGAAAGGUGGGCAAUUUAGUUUGCACAUUUUGAAGCACUCCACCAUUGUUGCUAAGCCGAGAGCGUUCUAAAACUUUGUAUUGCAAUGGUUUUCUUCUAGAGUGAGUGGGUGAUGCCUUGUUGAAAUUGGAUGCGAUGUAUACAAUUUGGGGGGAAGAUUUUGAAAUGUUGGGUUGAACGAAUUGAGCUUUGUAUGUGUGUUGUGGGUGGGUAGAAAUCUUCGAUCAAAUGGUAUAUGUGAAACUUCAUUAAUGCUUUAAUUUUUAUUCCUCUA